UUGUACCCUGAACAAUCUUUGAUAUGUCCGUAAUUAAGGGAACUCGCGUAAUCAACUCCAUAAGUGGCGUUAGUCCCCCGGGGGCAUUCCCCAUAAUUUGACAUGAUUAACGCGUGAUUAUUCAGAGUCAUUCCGUAGAUUUCCCCAGGGUGCACGAACUCCAGACAAGGCAACAGUCAAACCAAAAGCUGGACGACAUUCCUCAGGGCUAGCCAUGCAGAUCUGCGUGUUCCACUGCCUGCUAUGGUUCGCGCUGUCGGCUUGGAUUGCGGUCACCGUCGCGUCAACUGAAUCUGGACUAGCCGAGGCUCUGGCCCAGGUGGUGCACCGCUCGGAGAUGGCUGGCAGCAGGACCCUCUACAUACAUGUGCAGACGAGCGUCGAGACAAUGCGCCCGCACUUGAAGGCGCUGCUAACGCAGGUGCUACAGGAGCUGCCAUCCACUACGCUGCCACGUCGGAUCUACUCGCAACGACCCAUGGAGUACAAGCCGUACGUGCACGCUGUCCUGCUGCUGGUCAACGAUCUGCAGGCCCUCCAGCAGCUGUACGGCCAGCUGCGUGCUACCCAGGACCUCUCGCACACCCUCAUCUAUAUGUCGGGCCCCAAGCAUGCCUACGAGGCGGAGGUGCAGGCCGCCCUGCAGCUACUGUGGCGCCUGAGCGUGCUCAAUGUGGGUCUGGUGCUGCGCACUCCCGGCGGGCGGCUCAUCAUGGUCAGCUACUUCCCCUUUAGUGCGGUGCACGGCUGCCAGGUGAUCAGGGCGAGCAUUGUGAACCGCUAUGGGGAUGGGGCCAGGCGCUGGGCCAGUGCCGUGUACUUUCCCCCAAAGCUGGGCAACUUCUACGGCUGUGUCCUGAUCUGCGCCACCUGGGAGGACAUGCCGUACUUGGUGCUGCGGCGAGAGUAGCGCUGGCCUACAGCUGCCGGUGGCAAUGCAUUCGUGGGCAUCGAGGGGGCACUGCUGCAGUUCAUGGCCGAUAAUCUGAACUUCAGUGUGGGCCUCUACUGGAUGAACAAGGAGGAGGUGCUGGCCACCUUCAAUGAGUCCGGUUGGGUGUUCGAUGAGAUAUUUGGCCAGCAUGCGGACUUCUCGUUGGGUGGAUUCCACUUUAAGCCAAGCGCCGGCAGCGAGAUUCCCUACUCGCAGUCCACCUACUACUUCAUGAGCCACAUCAUGCUGGUGACCAAUCUGCAGAGCGCCUACUCCGCCUACGAGAAGCUGGCCUUUCCCUUCCAUCCGCUGGUGUGGCAGGCCAUUGGCCUGGUCCUGGCCCUUGGCUGCUUGCUGCUGCUGGCUAUCGAUCUCCGCUGGCACCAGUUGCCCCAGCAUCCGUACUAUCAGUUCCUGGUGCUCGUCAUGGGCGGCAAUCUGCCGGAUUGCGCCAUGCCACGGCGUGUGUCUGGCCGCCUGCUGCUGCUUAGUUGGCUGUUCUCCACUUUGGUGCUGCGCGGCGCCUACCAGUCGGGCAUGUACCAGCUGCUGCGGCAGGACACGCAGCGGAAUCCCCCGCAGACGAUUGCCGAGGUGCUCGCCCAGCGCUUCACCAUACAGCUGAUGGAGGUGAAUGCUGCCCGCAUACUGGACAGUCUGCCGGAGCUGCGGCCCGAGCAGCUGGUCUACCUCAGCGGCAGCGAGCUGCAAUCGUUUCUGGCGCUCGCCCAGAGCAGCGGCUCCUCCGCCCGCCUGGCCACGCUCACGCCCUACGAAUACUUCGGCUACUUCCGCAAGGUGCAUCCGAUGAAUCGGCGGUUGCAUCUGGUGCGGGAACGCAUCUACACUCAGCAGCUGGCCUUCUAUGUGCGGCGUCACUCGCAUCUGGUGGGCGUGCUCAAUGGCCAGAUCCGACACGCGCAUGCCCAUGGAUUCCUCGAGCACUGGACGCGCCAGUAUGUCAGCGCCGUGGAUGAGGCCGACGAGAGUGUGGCAAGGAUCUCCUCCACAUCCUACAGCACGCUCGAUGGAAUCGAUGGCGAUCCACGGCUGUCCGACACUGAAAAGGCGGCCGCUGAUGCCACGGGCCGGGACAAUGUCCUUUCGAUGCGCGAGCUGGCGGCACUCUUCUGGCUCAUCCUGUGGUCCAAUCUCUGUGCGGUUGUGGUGUUUGCCUUGGAGCUGCUACAGCACAGUCGCCGCUGCAAGUGGCAAGUUUAGUAUAUAUUUAAAGCCACGCAGAAACCCAAGGGGGGCUGGCAUAACAAUACACAAAUAAAUAAUGCUGAAUUUAUUUGGGGG